UUAUAUAAACCUCAAACAGGAGCAUUCAAACAGUCUGCAGCUUUAACAAUGACCUGCUGUGAGUUAGCAUAAAGUUUGAAAAGACCGGUUCACACCUGUUAACGGGACAGCGAAGAAGACCGUCAACCUGACAGCUUCGCCGUAGUGUCUCAUAGGCUCACCGUCACCAUGGAUGCCUCUUCUGUUUCUAUAUGCUGUUGGUUUAUGAUGAAGACUACAGGCAAACCCUGCUUACAUAACUCCCAAUGCAGUUUUAUUUUUUCCCAUUAGCACUUUCAUUUGAACCAAGUGGUUCUGUAAUAUUUGCAUUUUUUAGCUUUAUUUAUCAACACAUUACCUCAACUCUUACUGUAAAAGCACAGUAAAUUGGCUUUUUUAAAUAACAUUAAAUAAAAGAGUUAAUAAUAAUGGAUAUGACAACUCUAGCAACCCUGGCUACCACCACCACAAUGGCCCUGGCCUCUCAGUCUGAUAUGUCAGGAUACUUGUGGCUGUUAGUGAUCGGCUUCAUCAUCGCCUUCAUCCUGGCUUUCUCCGUGGGGGCCAACGAUGUGGCUAAUUCCUUCGGUACAGCAGUGGGCUCUGGGGUGGUCACCAUGCGUCAGGCCUGCAUCCUGGCCACUAUCUUUGAGACGGUGGGCUCGGUGCUGCUGGGGGCAAAAGUCAGCGAGACCAUCCGACAGGGGAUCAUUGAUGUUAGGAUGUACAACGGCUCCGAGCACGUUCUUAUGGCGGGAUCCAUAAGUGCAAUGUUUGGCUCGGCAGUGUGGCAGCUGGCUGCAUCAUUCCUGAAGCUUCCCAUUUCUGGGACACACUGCAUUGUUGGAGCAACAAUUGGCUUCUCCAUGGUGGCUAGAGGUCACCAAGGGGUCAGAUGGAUAGAGAUACUGCGUAUAGUGGCGUCCUGGUUCCUGUCACCUGUGCUGUCAGGGAUCAUGUCGGGAAUCCUCUUCUACUUCGUCCGCAAAUUCAUCCUGAACAAGGGUGAUCCUGUACCAAACGGCCUCAGAGCUCUUCCUGUCUUCUACGCCAUCACGAUGGGAAUCAACCUCUUCUCCAUCAUGUUCACAGGAGCACCACUGCUGGGCUUUGACAGAGUACCAUGGUGGGGAACAUUGUGUAUUUCACUAGGCUGUGCCCUCAUCACUGCUCUGGUCGUUUGGUUCAUUGUUUGCCCACGUCUGAAGAAGAAAAUCAAACGAGAAAUUGCUCCUGCUCCCUGUGAGACUCCACUAAUGGAGAAGACCUCCAGUAAGCCUGCACCUACUGAGUCGCCCUCAAUACCACCACAAGACCCUCCACCUGAAACUCCUGCCGUCGACAAUCAGAAGGUGGCUUUCAGACUUGGAGGCUCAGAGGAAACUGAUUUGGACAACAAUGACAUAGAGACCAAAGAUCUUGAUAUCAGCAAUGGACUGAACGGCUCUGUCGGUCCCAUGAUGAUCACUGACCCCCACAGUGGACGCUCACACACCAUCCACAAAGACUCCGGCCUUUACAAAGACCUGCUGCACAAGCUCCACAUGGCGAAGGUCGGAGACUGCAUCGGGGACAGUGACACUGAGGAGCGACCAAUCAGGAGGAACAACAGCUACACCUCCUACACCAUGGCCAUCUAUGGAAUUCAGGGAGAUCCUAAAUACAAGGACGUGGAGGGGGGUGGGCUGCAGAGGAGAUCCAGGGUGGACAGCUACAGCAGCUACAGCUCAGCUGUGACAGGUGCGAGCACGAUCCAGGAUGGGAGUGUGACACAGGAAACAGAAAAGGGUCUGGCUCUGGAGGAGGAUGAGCUGGAGGUGGAUCCACCAGCCGUGUCUUUGCUUUUCCAGUUCCUGCAGAUCCUCACGGCCUGCUUUGGGUCUUUUGCUCAUGGAGGGAAUGAUGUCAGCAAUGCCAUUGGUCCUCUGGUGGCUCUCUGGCUUCUAUAUGAGAGUGGCUCUGUCAUUUCCAAUUCGCCUACACCCAUUUGGUUGCUCCUCUAUGGUGGAGUGGGAAUCUGUGCUGGACUCUGGGUUUGGGGACGAAGAGUGAUCCAGACCAUGGGCAAAGACUUGACUCCUAUUACACCCUCCAGUGGAUUCAGCAUUGAGCUGGCCUCAGCACUCACAGUUGUUGUGGCGUCUAAUAUUGGUCUUCCUGUCAGCACAACCCACUGCAAGGUGGGGUCUGUUGUUGCUGUUGGUUGGCUGCGCUCCAGGAAAUCUGUCGACUGGCGUCUGUUCAGGAACAUCUUCAUCGCCUGGUUUGUUACAGUCCCGAUCUCCGGCCUGAUCAGCGCUGCCAUCAUGGCUCUCUUCAUUUACGUCAUUCUGUGAGCCUCAAACUGUGCAGCUACAACUGAACUGACCACCACUGACAGUUAAUAAUGACUGACAAAUCAAACUGUGCCAAGAAACUUUCUCUAUUUGGUUCUUGUUCCUGACAUUAAUAUUAUCACUUAAUGUCAAAGCAGCGAUGUGAGACGUCAUCUAUGAAUGGUUGAGUAUCAUUCAAUGUUCACAAGUUUGUGAUCUGUAUAUCAUGAUGUACAUUUGUAUAAAAGCAAUGUUGUAUUACAAUCAAACAUUCAUUUAAAAACUACUAACAGUUCAAUGUUUUAAUAUUUUGAUGUAAAAAAUAAAAGGUUUAAAAUAUA